AUGCAUUUCUCAAGACGGAUUUUUUCUGCGCUCGCUAUAUUGACUGUUGGCGUACAUGCUAACUUUGGCCCUUAUUUCAGUACUGGCCCUGUUACCUCGGAGUCUUUCGUUCUUGAAUCUACUUCGACUCUGAUUCUACCAAGGACUCCAACCGAUUCUAAUGAAGAUGUUUCUAUCUGGGUUGGUAUGAGCACGUCUCAUGGUGAUUUGAUCCGUGCCUCUGCGGUUAAUACCCUGUCCAGAGAUCACUGGAAGGUUUCUGCUUGUACUGUUCUAUCAGCAAAUGAAACACAGCAAACACAUGUCUUUGGCCGGUCCAAAAAUGCCAGCCCAAGGGACGAAAUGACAGUACAUUACAAAUACAACGAGUCCACUGGCAACUACACACAGACUGUACUCCUCAACGGCCGGCGCGUCUCAGGUCUAACUACUCGUAACGGAAAGGCUAAGAGCUGGGCUAGUGCUGUGGAGUGCAAUGGGUCCAAUUGUGGGACUCUUCGUUCUCAUGCUUGGUAUAAUACCACGAUUGUCCUCGAUACCGCCGAGCCAGGGUAUAUUGACACAAUCAAUGGCAGCCCCGGAGUCAGUGUCGAUAUGACGACUGGUGACGGGGGGAAGACCUGGAAGAUUGGGAUGAUUGUUAUUCCGGAGUAUACCUUCUGA